CUAGCGCCAAGUUGGCCCUGCGCUGCGUGCUGGCCCUGCCUGCCCUGCUUGCUUCGAUCAACUUCUCCAAUUUCGCCUCGAUCCUCAACCCAACCAACCUCAUCUACUUUCCCCCAAAACCCGCACUCUCUCGCUACCCAAACUAUACCUCGCAUACACUUCUUCCGACCGAUACAAAGUACACGCUGAUUCCAGAUCCCAUCAGCUUCACCCACCACCCCCACAGUUCGGUAAGAAUCUUUCCCCCCAACACUUCGUCAUCCCCUCCUUAGCCCCCUCGCCGGUGCCAUCACUCUUCCGCCAUCAGGCAACUUUGGGAAUGGCCUCAAACCAGCACCACGCUCAUCAACAUGUCAAGCCGACGGCCAUGCCAUGUCGUGUUCCUAAGUUCUGGGUCCGCAGAUUACCCAGGUCUGCGAUUGCCCCUCAUGUAUGCUGAGGGGUACCCGCUCAUAUGCACCAUUGAUAGCGGAUGGCUCCUUUGAUAGAUGGGCAUCUGCUGCCAUCCAUAUUCUGAGAUGGCGCCGAUCUAUUUGGUCGCGCAUAGCCAUUUCAAUGCGGGAGUCGCAUCAACGCAUUUGGCCGAUCACCAGAGAACGAGCCCUGGCCCCCUUCACUCCGAACACCCACCACAACUUCUUGCUAUUCUAUUUUCAACUUCAACUUCCUUCCCAAUCUCGCGCGCUAACGCUCCCAUCUCAAUAGACCUCUCAACCGCAACCAUGGGUUACGAAGACUCAGUUUACCUCGCCAAGCUCGCCGAGCAGGCUGAGCGAUAUGAAGGUUAGCAUAUCCAAACAUCCUCGAAUCACACGCGAUACUGAACGCGAUUACAGAAAUGGUGGAGAACAUGAAGUCUGUGGCUUCCGAGGACCAGGAGCUUUCCGUUGAAGAGCGAAAUCUCCUGUCCGUUGCCUACAAGAACGUAAUUGGUGCCCGUCGUGCCUCAUGGAGAAUCGUCACCUCAAUCGAGCAGAAGGAGGAGUCGAAAGGAAACUCAUCCCAAGUCACCCUUAUCAAGGAGUACCGCCAAAAGAUCGAGGCAGAACUCGCCAAGAUCUGCGAAGAUAUCCUUGAGGUUCUCGAUAAACACUUGAUUCCUUCUGCCAAGAGCGGCGAGUCCAAGGUCUUCUACCACAAGAUGUACGUAUACUCAGCUCAUAACUCAAAUUGUCGUUCUAACAAUAUCACAGGAAGGGUGACUACCACCGCUAUCUCGCUGAGUUCGCCAUUGGCGACAAGCGAAAGGAGUCCGCAGACAAGUCCCUCGAGGCUUACAAGAACGCCACCGAAGUUGCUCAAACCGACCUUGCACCAACACACCCAAUCCGUCUUGGCUUGGCCCUCAACUUCUCUGUUUUCUACUACGAGAUCUUGAACUCACCCGACCAAGCAUGCCAUCUCGCCAAGCAGGCCUUCGAUGAUGCUAUUGCCGGUAAGUGACCAACGUACGCACUGAGAUAAGGAUGUAGCUGAUGAGAUAUUUAGAACUUGACACUCUCAGCGAGGAGAGCUACAAGGACUCAACUUUGAUCAUGCAAUUGUUGAGAGACAACUUGGUAAGCAAUACACGGCCAAGUAUACACAGCAAGAACUUUACUAAUUCUCCUGUUACUAGACCCUCUGGACUUCCUCUGAGGCCGAGCCAACCACAACUGACGCAAGUGCCGCACCAGCUGCUGAGACAAAAGAUGCACCAGAAGCUGCCGCUGCCACAGAGACACCUGCAGAGCCAAAGGCUGCUGAGUAAAUGGUCGGUUUUGGCGUUGAUGUUUGGUCCUCUGGGUACACAUGAGAAACUAGGGCGGGGAUAUUGCAUGUUUAGGCAUAUGUGAUGAAGAAAAGGGUGAGCUGAAGCGCUUUCUUGGAGGUUGAUUCGCAACUUAAUCUUGCAUUUGGACUCCAUGCAUUGUACUGCGGUUUGCCACUUCUCAUAUUACUGCCAAAGACUCUUAGAGACAGCCGGCAUCUUUUUAUUUUCUCCAACAGACCUCUCAUGUCAUGUUACGAUUGAUGCAGGCUCUCGUGGCUUUGUUUUCGCGCUGGCUCCUUCUCAAUUAGACUACAAAAAAAUAGCAAAUUCAAUCAAACCAAGCUCCUUUGUUUUUUGGGAGCUCUCUCCGCUUUUCUAAACAUAUCAAGAUGCCUAGAAGAUUUACAAUCUCUUCUUGACCAGCUUAUCAAGUGUCCAGUAUUGGACUUGACCACGUAAGAAAUGAUCUGCUUGAUAUAAGUGGUUAUUAAUACCAACUAAUGGUCAAUACAGGGUCCUCUGAUUGCAAAACCUCGUCUAAUUUACCACUCUCACCUUAGCCUUUUAUGUAACUACAAAGUGCGACCACCUGAUUUUGAUUGGUAAGAUUACAAUGGUUGGGAUAAUCUGUUAUAAUAGGUAUACCUACCUAGGUACGUAGUGGUCUAGUUUAGAUAUUACUGGUUAGAUGGUUGUGAGUACGAGGAAGUAUUUGUUGCUCUUACUCCUGCUACUGUUGUCUGUUGCGGGAUAUUCGACAUUUACUGGGUAGGGUUUGCAC